AAAAUGGCGUACAAACAGAGGGUUGCUGAGUUUCAGGCUGCACUGAAUGCACCAGUCAUUAACAUGAGAAAACUGCGAACUCUCUGUUUUAAUGGAAUUCCUGAUGUGUCAGGCAUCCGUGCUGUUUGCUGGAAAUUAAUGCUGGGAUAUCUACCUCCAGAACGAGAGACAUGGAGCACAGUUUUAUCAAAACAGAGGUCAGUUUAUCAACAGUUUGUGCAGGAAAUCAUCAUAGAUGAAAGCCAAGGUCUUCAAUCUGGCCCAGAGGGAAAGGACACACACGUAGACCAUCCUUUGAAUCCAAACCCAGAUAGUUGGUGGAUGGGAUAUUUUAAAGACAACGAGAUACUUUUACAAAUAGACAAAGAUUGCAGGAGGCUUUUGCCAGACAUAUCAUUCUUCCAAAUUGCAACCAAGUAUCCCAACAAAGACAUGAUAGGUGAUGACAAAGACUUUGAAACACUAAGAAAAAGAGUUCAAAAUCAACACCUUGAGGCUUCGCAUGUGAAUACAAGUAGAAUGGGAAUCACAAAUGUAUGUACAAUCAAAAAAGUUGCAGCAGAAGAAUACAACGUGUUAGAAAAGGGUCAAGAAGCACAUUGGGAGGUUGUAGAGAGAAUAUUAUUUAUAUAUGCAAAGUUGAAUCCAGGAAUAUCAUAUGUACAGGGAAUGAAUGAGAUUAUUGGACCACUAUACUAUAUUUUUGCUUCCCACUCCAAUCCAGAAUGGCAAGCUCAUGCAGAAGCAGACUCAUUUUUCUGUUUUACCAACUUAAUGUCUGAGAUAAGAGACAAUUUUAUUAAGAGUCUAGAUGAAUCUGCCACUGGCAUAGGAAAUAUGAUGAAAAAUCUACUCAACUUACUUAAGGAGAAGGAUCCUGAGUUAUGGAUAUCUUUAGACAAACAGCAGAUGAAACCCCAGUUCUAUAGUUUUAGAUGGUUAACAUUGAUGCUCUCUCAAGAAUUCCCACUUCCUGAUGUCAUUCGUGUUUGGGAUUCUCUGUUUGCUGAUGAAAAGAGAUUUGAAUUCCUCAACUUUGUCUGUUGUGCAAUGCAUAUUGUUAUAAGAGACCAACUUCUUGCUGGAGACUUUGUCAUAAGUAUGAAGUUGUUACAAAACUAUCCAGAGAUUGAUAUACACAGAGUUCUAUCAAAAGCAAUGGAAUUGAAACAUCCAAAAAUGUCCCAUCAACAGUCCCCCAGAGAAAAAACCCAAAAACCAGGAUUUAGCCUGAAAAAGAAAUAGUUUAACAACAUAACCUCAAAAUAUUUUAAAAGUAUUUGUAAAUAGUAGAUCUUAUUCCAUUAUUUUGUUUUGUGUAAUUUAAAACCUGGUAUUUUCUACAGGGCUUCUCAAUCACAUAAGUAAAAUCGUACAAUUCCCAGUUGAGACAAAAUAAGGUUUGGUGGAUGUCACUCAAAGGAUUUCCAUAACAUUGGACUGGAAAACAUAAAGCUUUCAAGGGCACCUGCCUAUAGAAUGUCAUGGAAACGCAUAGAUUGUCGUCCACCAAAACCUACUUUGCUGCGACAGAAACAAUCGCUAAAGCGCGCAUGUCAUUGAGAAAGGCUGUGAAACAAUUAGAAGACUUAUUGUCUGAUUGAAGUGUCCCAUGAAGUCUAGAGAUCCCGUUACUCAACCUCGGCCUCGUCAGAGUGUAAUUAUUCUUUAGAAUUUGACUAGAGUCCGCAGUAAUGAAAAGAAUUUACACAUCAACGAACAAUUGAAACACUUAAAAAUUUCACAGGUUGUAGGCAAUUUCUAAAGAAUAUAGUACACGCUGACGAGGCUGAGGUUGAGUAACGGGAUCCAUGAAAUGGUCUAUUGAUUUAGUCUAAGCCCUAAACCUACUAAUCUGUCAAAUAGAUGGACACAAAGAAUUCUGAAAUGCCGGUGAAAACACAGGUUAGCCACCAUUUUGUGGGUUUUCAAAACUGGCACAUGUUACUACUUGUGGUCUAUCACUAAUAGACCACUAGUAGCUCGGCCAAUCAGAGCUCAGGAUUGGUUUUAGACCAUUAGUAGGUUUAGACUAAUAAAAUUAACUAUUAUUAAAAGUAAAAUCAAUAUCUCUCUAUUAUCCAUAAACCUUAUUGUAUGAUAGAUUUUUCACAAAGUGUAUAUAGAGCAAAGUAGAGUGCUCACACUAAAUCCGUGAAACAAAUACUAAUUUUUAGUACUAAAUAGUGAUAAUUAAACAAUAGAAAACAAAGGAUUCCGUAUGAAAUAGUACUAAUUAGUACUAUUUAAUGUUCACGGUUUUAGUGCGUGCACUCUAGCAUUAAUUAUCGAUAUGAAAUUCUAUUUUUACUGAGUUCAAAGGAAGUCUGGUUUGGAUGCUUUUUUCCAGACCUCAGUUUUGCUAAUGUAUAAAGAUAGUCGACUUGUGGGUCCAAGUGAUCAAAAUGCAACCAAAAAAAAACAUGAAAAAGUACUAAUUAGCAUUAAUUAGCAUUAAUUAGCAUUAAUUAGUAUUACCAUGUAUAGACCAAAUUCAACUCGCAGGCUUAGUUGUGAGGCUUAAGUUGUGAACAAAGGCAUCUGGCGUGACUCAAAGUAAUCUGGCGUGAUUCAAAAGUCAUGAAUCACGCCAGAUUCCUUUGUUCACAACUUAAGCCUCACAUCGGUGCGAGUUUUGAAUUUGGUCUAUUGCGGUUUUCGAUAAUCUGCAGACUCCAACAUUUCAAUAGCUAGUAGUGAAAUUGGUUUUUCACUGCUGCCAGUCAAGAAUCUAAAAGGUACUGACUAAUUGUUUUUGAUUGACAGCAACGAAAAAUAUGUAGAAUGACUUUUCUCCCUUCAGAUUGGCUGUAUUUUCAAUUUAUCAAAAUUUUUAUAACCAUUAAUUUUAUUCAUAGUAUUUUGUAAGAAUCUAUAGUGUUUCACAAAUGUUAAGACAGGAUAUCUGAUGUUUUUCACUUGGACGGAAAAAUAAAAUUGCUCCUAUUCUUGA